AUGGUCCUUCGAUGCGUCACCCUCCCGGCCCACAACAUCCACACACAUACCGUCAUCUUUCUUCACGGCCGCGCCUCCACCGCCAACGAGGUCAGCGACGAGCUGUGGGAAAGCCAUGAUCGCCGCGGUGAAUCGCUGCAGCACAUCUUCCCCUCGGUGAAAUGGGUCUUUCCCGAGGCAGACGUGAUACACGCCGAGCGCUGGAGAGAGAAUGUUCAUCAGUGGUUCGACAUCUGGAGUCUGGACGACCCAGACGAGAAGCGCCAUACUCAGGUCGCUGGUCUGAAGGAAAACACCCCGAAGCUUAUUAGGCUGCUCCAGGCCGAGGCCGCCAGGGUCGGCCUACGCAACGUCGUGUUGGCUGGCAUCAGUCAGGGGUGUGCCGCGGCGAUACAUGCACUCUUGAACUAUCCUGGCUCCGACACCGCAGAACCCAAUGAUCGUCUAGGCGCCUUCGUCGGUAUAUCGAGUUGGAUGUCGCUUGGUGGCAGUUCCGUACAAGACACCCGUAGCGCCCUAGGUCUCGACGGCGCUACCCCGAGCGACGACAUCUACCGCAACACCCCCGUCUUCCUUAGCCACUCGGCCAAUGACAACAUCAUGCCCAUAGAGCAGGGCAGGCGGCUGAGAGACAUGCUGACCACAUACGGCAUGGACGUGACAUGGAAGGAAUACGAGAAGGGCGAGCACUGGAUCUAUGCUCCGCAGGGCGUCGAUGAUAUCGUCGACUUCCUGAAGAGCGUGGGACUACGGGCCAAGUGA